AAUGACCAACCAGAGUUUUCAAAUGGCUGGCUAUAUUCUUUUCAAAAAAGACAUAAUUUCCAUAAAAUUAAAUUAUAUGGUGAGAGUAGUUCUGCCAACAUGGUCGCUAUUAAUUUAAAUCUUUUGAUUAUUAUUUGUACCAUCAAUCAUUACUCUCUGUGUGAUAUUUACAAUAUGGAUGAGACAGGUCUGUUCUAUUCUUUGGCUCCUGAUCAUACAUUUGCAUCUCGUCAAAUUGAGGGGUCAAAAAAAGACAAGAAAUGGGUAAAUAAGUUAGAUGCGCAAAUGAGAGAAUUAAACCAUUAUAUUCUUCUUGUUUUUGAUAAUGCCACUUCACAUGUAGUUAAUCAUGAUGAAGCCAGUAAAAAUAAUAUAUACAAGGUUGACCAGUUGCAAGUAUCUGUUGAGACUAUUAAAAAUUGCUGGGCCUAUACAAAAAUUGGGUCACCUCGUAAUAAAACCGGAAUGCCUAUUAUCUUUUCUCUUUCUAUUGUCUAUAUUGAAAAUGCAGAAGAAAAUAUAAGUGUGAAAACAAAUGUUGAUGUGGAAGAUAAUGAAAAUAAAAGUAAAAAGAAGGUGCAUCAGCAAUUUACUAAUGAUAACUUUGUUCAAGGCAUCAUUGAAAUAGAACAAGUAGAAGAGGAAGAAGCCAUAGAACUAUUUUUGAUCUCAAAAGAACAAUUAAAUAUUCUACGCGAAGCCUUGAAAAUUGUUGUUGAAAUGGUUGAAGAUAACAGAGCAAUGAUAAGGUUUUUGCACAAGGUACAAGCUCAUAUCCAUGAGGAAAUUAGAAAAGAAAAAAAUAAAAAGCAAGUCCAAU